GGCUCUGGAAGAAAAGGUUGUGACAGGACCCCAAACCCAGGUCUCCCUACUCCCAGCUUCUCCCCAUUCCAGGGAUCAGUUCAAGAGCCCUCACUAGACACUUGUACAUGCCAGGGCCAACCAGGCCAGAGCCCUAGCCUGCCUCCAGAGCCAAUGGCAGUGGGAGGCAGAGUCCCACCCAGUCAGGUGUUAGGAUUCCUGGGUCUGCUCCCAGCCUCUGCUCCACCCACCCAGGCCAGUGAGGAUGGCGAGAGUGUCGGACACUGCCCUUCUUGUCAACGGCUCUUCAUGGUCCUACUCCUCAAAGGUGUGCCCUUCACACUCACAACAGUGGACACACGAAGGGCAUUGGAUGUGCUGAAGGACUUUGCGCCAGGCUCACAGCUGCCCAUCCUGCUCUAUGAUGGGGAUGUCAAGACAGAUACACUGCAGAUUGAAGAGUUCCUGGAGGAGACACUGGGGCCACCUGACUUCCCAAGCCUGGAACCCAGGUACAGGGAGUCCAACACAGCAGGCAAUGACAUCUUCCACAAAUUCUCUGCUUUUAUCAAGAACCCAGUGCCUGCACAGGACAAUGCCCUGUAUCAGCAGCUGCUCCGUGCCCUGACCAGACUAGACAGCUUCCUGCGUGCACCUCUGGACCAUGAACUGGCACAGGAACCACAACUUCCUGAGUCCCGCCGCCGCUUCCUAGAUGGUGACCGGUUUACACUUGCUGACUGCAGCCUGCUGCCCAAGCUGCACAUUGUGGAUACCGUGUGUUCACACUUCCGCCAGGCGCCCAUCCCCAUGGAACUGUGGGCUGUUCGCCGCUACCUGGACAGUGCAUUGCAGGAGAAGGAGUUCAAGUAUACGUGUCCACACAGAGCAGAGAUCCUGGCAGCUUACCAACCUGCUGUGCACCCCCGUUAG